ACUUCCUGUAGUCUGUCAACACACACUUUUUGCCUUCCUGGUAAAAUCUAGUCUUCAGAAGGUCUGAGUGUUUUGCACCUGACACACACACACACACAUUUCCUGUCUCCUGUUCUACGAGGCACUGGGCUUCGUACACAGCCCUAAUCUCAUUUGUUCCAAUGGCUGUUGUGGAUUCAGUGAAGAUCGGUAAAAACAAGUUCAUCAGCAAAACUGACUUACUGUCACAUCUCAAAACCUACAACCUUUAUUAUGAGGAGAAAUCACUCCAGCUGCGGCACAGAGAGGAGGAAGGAGAGCUGAUCAUUGAAGGUUUGCUGAACAUCUACUGGGGUCUGCAGCGACCAAUCAGACUGCAGAUGCAAGAUGGCAAAGAGCCAACCGACUUUCCUCGUUUCCUCGCAUCACUGAGACGCUCAAGAGUUGGGAUGAAAAGAAAUGGCCCAAAACAGCACACGACACAGGCUCCACCCACAAUUAAGGUCACCGAGCCUGAGAGGGAAUCAGAUGAGAGAACAGAUCAGGCAGAAGAUACAGUAGAAGAGGAGGAUUCCUCUCUGCAGAGGACCAGGAGUUGUGUGAGUGGGCGGAGUCUUGGUGAGCAAACAGAACCUGGUAACCAGAGGCGAAUCAGACGACAUCGCUGUUCCUUCAAUGGCCAUUUCUACAAUCGCACAACGGCGGUUUUCACCCCGGCUUUUGGUUCGGUCACUAACGUCCGCAUCAACAGCUCCAUGAACAUGUCGCAGGUCCUGCGUGUGCUGCUCAACAAGUUUAAGAUUGAGAACGGUCCUGAUGAGUUCAGUCUCUUCCUUUUACACAUUAGUGGAGAGCGCGUCCAGCUAAAAAAGGAUGAUCACCCGCUGGUCUUUCGUCUCCUGCAUGGACCAUGUGAACAGAUCAGCAAAAUCUUCCUAAUGGAGCCUGACCAGGUCGAGGAGGUCACCUAUGAUGUAGCGCAGUAUAUCAAGCUGGAGAUGCCUGUGCUACAGAGCUUCAUUGUGAAACUGAAGGAGGAAGAGAACAGAGAGAUGGAGAAGAUCAAGCAGCGGUACUGUGAAACACGGCGUACGAUUCUGCAGCACAUGCAGCGUCUGUCUGAUAAAGCUUUUUGUUAGUAGAUGUUUCAUUUCAUUUCUCUCUCAGGAUCUUAUUUUUUUUUUAAUCACUCCAAGGAUUGAAACAUCACUCAUCAAAACAUUGUCUAAUGUUAUAGUAUGACUUAAGAGUGCACUACCAAUAGAAUAAUUUCUGGUACAUCCUGCAGUUGUUAGACUGUGAAUCCAAUAAUCCCCUACCACUUCAUUUACAUUUCAUCAGAUAUUUCUAAAUAUCUAAAUAUCAAACCAAAUGUAAGAUCAGAUCUGGACUAAAGUGAUGCCUGUCACUCAGCAUCAUCAUACAGAUCUUAUAACCAGAGUGUAUCUUCUCUACUCCUCCGUCUCACUGGAGAAGUAGCAUUUGAUGAUCUUUUCUAUGAAUUCUCAGAACUGCUUUAGUGAAACUGAAUCCUGCUGUGUACUGAUUUUGCUCUGAUCAUGUUGUAAUGUAUUUGUUGUAUCUGAGGAACCAUGAGAACAUGUAAGACUUAAUAAAAUGGAGAUUAUUUAUUUUUCCUUUUUA